UCUCAGACUUCUAUCACCAGGUAAGGGUAUCCUGGAAACUGAGCUAGAGUUGGCUGGUGCGGACAAGAACCAGAGGGUCCCGAGAGCUUUCGGCCAGUCCCAACCUGGCCAGCGUCGGACCUCCACGGCCCUAGAGCCUCCUGCGUUGCUACGGGAUGACAGACCCGGACGUGACGCCGCGGUGGAUGGAGAAGGGAGAGGCGGAGCGUAGCGCAGUGACGUCCUCCCAACAUGGCGGAGAGAGAGUGAAGAAACUGUGUUCCCCCCUUGGGUUGCUAUCGGUCACGGGUAAAAUUCCAUUCUGAUAUCAAAAUGCAGUAUUCACACCACUGUGAACACCUUUUAGAGAGACUGAACAAACAACGGGAAGCAGGUUUUCUUUGUGACUGCACCAUAGUGAUUGGGGAAUUCCAGUUUAAAGCUCAUAGGAAUGUGCUCGCCUCGUUUAGUGAGUAUUUUGGUGCGAUCUACAGAAGCACAUCUGAGAACAAUGUCUUUCUUGAUCAGAGUCAGGUGAAGGCUGAUGGAUUUCAGAAAUUGUUGGAGUUUAUAUAUACAGGAACUUUAAAUCUUGACAGUUGGAAUGUUAAAGAAAUUCAUCAGGCUGCUGACUAUCUCAAAGUGGAAGAGGUGGUCACUAAAUGUAAAAUAAAGAUGGAAGAUUUUGCUUUUAUUGCUAAUCCCUCUUCUACAGAGUUAUCUAGUAUUACUGGAAACAUUGAAUUGAAUCAACAGACUUGUCUUCUUACUCUACGAGAUUACAGCAAUCGGGAGAAGUCAGAAGUAUCCGCAGAUUUAGUUCAGGCAAAUCCUAAACAAGGAGCUUUAGCAAAGAAGUCGUCUCAAAGUAAAAAGAAAAAGAAGUCUUUCAACUCCCAGAAAACAGGGCAGAAUAAAACAGUGCAAUAUCCCAGUGACAUUUUAGAGAAUGCAUCUGUUGAAUUAUUCUUAGAUACAAAUAAGUUAUCCACACCCAUAGUAGCACAAGUUACACAAAGAAAUGAUAAUUCAGAACUGGAGUUGACAUCAGUUAUGGAAAAUACUUUUCCAGCACAAGAUAUUGUGCAAACUGUUACAGUGAAACGGAAACGAGGAAAAUCACAGCCAAACUGUGCUCUGAAAGAACACUCUAUGUCUAAUAUAGCCAGUGUCAAGAGUCCUUAUGAGUUGGAGAAUUCUGGGGAAGAGCUGGAUCAGAGGUAUUCCAAGGCCAAGCCAAUGUGUAACACGUGUGGGAAAGUGUUUUCAGAAGCCAGCAGCUUGAGAAGGCACAUGAGAAUACAUAAAGGAGUCAAACCUUAUGUCUGCCACUUGUGUGGAAAAGCAUUUACCCAGUGUAACCAGCUGAAAACGCAUGUAAGAACUCAUACAGGUAAGACUGGUUUGAAGCAUAGUGGAGAAAAGCCAUAUGUUUGUGAUAGAUGUGGACAGAGAUUUGCCCAAGCCAGCACCCUGACCUAUCACGUCCGUAGGCAUACUGGAGAAAAACCUUACGUGUGCGAUACCUGUGGGAAGGCAUUUGCUGUCUCUAGUUCUCUUAUCACUCAUUCUCGAAAACACACAGGUGAAAAACCAUACAUAUGUGGUAUUUGUGGGAAAAGUUUUAUUUCCUCAGGAGAGCUCAACAAACACUUUCGAUCCCAUACAGGAGAAAGACCAUUUAUCUGCGAAUUAUGUGGAAAUUCUUAUACAGAUAUUAAAAAUUUAAAGAAGCACAAAACAAAAGUCCAUUCUGGUGCAGAUAAAACUCUAGAUUCCAGUGUGGAGGAUCAUACUGUGAGUGAACAAGAUUCCAUACAAAAAAGUCCUUUAUCAGAAACUAUGGAUGUGAAGCCUUCUGAUGUGACUUUACCACUAGCUCUUCCACUUGGGACUGAGGACCACCACAUGCUUCUGCCUAUCACAGAUAAUCAGUCUCCUAUAUCAGAUACGUUGUUGAGGUCAACUGUGAAUGGGUAUUCAGAACCACAGUUGAUUUUUUUACAACAAUUAUACUGACUUUGUGAGGAAUAUGGAAUUGCUAAGACAUCCCUGGUAAUAAACAUAAACAUCCCUGGUGAGGUGCAUAUAUUCAUAUUAAAUUCCCAUUCAUUUGAGUUGUGACCAUUUUUCAUUGACUAAAGUAAAAGCACCUGAUGCUGCAUCAUAA